GCAGCCCAACACAGAAGAGAGACAGAAGAUCAAGGACCGCGGCGUCCUGGCCAUCGAUCGCUUCCUCCAGUGUUCAGACGGCGGAAGAACUGUCUGGGACCCGAGCCGGCCUCCUCUGUGGAGAGAAAAACCAGCCGCUCCAUGGACUCGUCCUCAUGAUGUUCGGUUCCCGGUUCUUCCCCUGCCGGCUCCGGACCCGCCCUCUGCUCCGCCGCCCGCUCUCCGGGUUCCGGUCCGCCGGCGGCCCGGCGCCGUGCCGGGGGCUCGCCGCCGAGGGCCACACCCUGCAGCCCGUGAUCGGCCCGGACUCCGUGGAGCUGCUGGGACGCUCCUACCCCCGCGACCACUUCACCAACGUCACGCCGAAGAUCCUGGCCAAGGUGGGCUUCCACCUGCACAACCAGCCGAACCACCCGCUGUGGCUCGUCAAGGAGCGCAUCAAAGCCCACUUCUACAGCUCCUUCGUCGGUCGCUGGGGCAACCCGCUGUUCUCCGUCCACGACAACCUGAGUCCAGUGGUGACGGUGGAGCAGAACUUUGACAGCCUGCUGAUUCCUCCUGAUCACCCCAGCAGGAAGCGCGGCGAUAAUUACUACCUGAACAGAACCACCAUGCUGCGGGCCCACACCUCGGCCCACCAGAGGGACCUGGUCCGGUCCGGUCUGGACGCCUUCCUGCUGGCCGGAGACGUGUACCGGCGGGACGAGGUCGACGCCAGCCACUACCCGGUCUUCCACCAGAUGGAGGGGGUCCGCCUCUUCUCCGACCACGAGCUGUUCUCCAGGGUCCGCGGCGGGGAAGAGCUGAGCCUGUUCGAGCGCGGCGGGCGCCGGACCGCCCAGAAGCAGGAGAGCCACAGCCUGGAGGCCGUCAAGCUGGUGGAGUUCGACCUGAAGACCACCCUGACCCGACUCGUCACACACCUGUUUGGACCAGACGUGGAGGUCAGGUGGGUCGACUGCUACUUCCCCUUCACUCACCCCUCCUUUGAGAUGGAGGUGCGUUUCCAGGGCGACUGGAUGGAGGUGCUGGGCUGCGGCGUGAUGGAGCAGGAGCUGCUGCUGUCGGCCGGCGCUGGGAACAAGCUGGGCUGGGCGUUCGGUUUGGGUCUGGAGCGGCUGGCCAUGAUCCUCUACAGCAUCCCGGACAUCCGGCUGUUCUGGAGUCGAGACGAACGAUUCCUCAAAGUUCAGGGUGGACGACAUCCAGACGCCCAUCUGCUUCCAGCCUCUGAGUAAAUACCCGCCGCUCCACAACGACAUUUCCUUCUGGCUGCCGGACGGCGCCGACCGCUUCACGGAGAACGACUUCUACGAACUGGUUCGCUCGGUGGGCGGAGACCUGGUGGAGAAAGUUACUCUGGUGGACGACUUCACUCAGCCCGGGACGGGCCGGCGGAGUCACUGCUACCGCAUCGUCUACCGCCACAUGGAGCGAACUUUGACCCAGCAGGAGGUGCGGCAGGUCCACCAGCAAAUCGAGCGGAUGGCGGAGACGGAGCUGGGCGUUCAAGGCCGGUUCUGAGUCUGAGCGGCGUAGAUCUACGCACACAGAGCCUGAGCUGAGCAGCUGUGACUGUCGUGCUCAGGCGUCACUCUGCCGUAGAUGCUGCUGCCGGCGGUUCACACGCUGCUGCAGCACUUCGUCAUCCUCCCUCCGCUCCCCUUCAGCCGUAACGUGUGAAUCUGACGUGCGUCGCCUUUAAUUUCCAAAAACAUCGUCUGGUCGGCCAGCGAUUGCCGGUGACGCUGCAGGCUGAUCUCCAGCAGGUCUGAACUCCAGGCUGUUAAACCCUGAUGACUUCCUGUCUCUGAAACCAGCUACAGUCGAUGUUAAAUUACCUAUAAAAGUCAUCUAAUUUAAAAAACCUGCUGUGUGAAAGUAAUUUGACUCUUGAACCUUUUUGGGACAGAAGUUUUAGUACCUUCAGCUGUUUGGACACACAGGGAGAAAUUUAUCUGAAAUGUUUUUGGAAACUGUUUUGAAUGUUGACUAAAGAGGAAAAGUUAAUAAAAACGUUUGCACUAA